GAGUCCGGGUUAAGUUGCUAAACCUGCUAACGAGAAACACAGCAAUGAGUGUCACUUAUAUUUCUAGAUAGUAGCUUUGGGUCUGUAUCAAAGGAGGCAACAGAGCAGCCGAGGGCACACUAUUAACCUCGAUGUUGUUGAAACAAAAUGAUAAAGAACUGGGGUGUCAUCGGGGGGGUAGCUGCUGCGGUUGCAGCUGGAGUCUAUGUGUUGUGGGGCCCAAUUACAGAUAGAAGGAAGAGAAAGAGAGGUAUGGUUCCUGGUUUGUUGAACUUAGGCAACACCUGCUUCCUGAACUCUUUGCUUCAGGGUUUGGCAGCAUGUCCGUCUUUCAUCCGGUGGCUGGAGACGGUAAUAGGAUUGCCUCCAACCCAGUCCUGCAAAGACAAUCAGCUGUCCACGACACUGCUCCAGCUACUCAAUGGUCUGUCCAGAGACGAGCCGGGGGAGGAAGAUGUUCUCGAUGCCGGGUGCCUCCUGGAUGUUCUCCGACUGUACCGGUGGCACAUCAGUUCCUUUGAAGAGCAGGAUGCACACGAGCUCUUUCAUGUUCUUACGUCUUCUCUGGAUGAGGAGCGAGAUCGUCAGCCGAAAAUCGUUCCCUUGUUUGACAUGCAGUCCCUCGAGAGCAUUCCUGAUCAAGAUGAGAAAACUAUGACCUGCAGAAGUCGAGCCCCUCUGCAUCCGAUACCAAGUCCUUGGAAGUCUCAGAAUCCUUUUCAUGGUUGUUUAACAAGCAAUAUGUCAUGCAAGCGCUGCGAACAACAAAGUCCGGUGCGGUACGACUCAUUUGAGAGCCUUUCCCUGUCCAUCCCUUUACCUCAGUGGGGUCGACCUGUCUCUCUAGAUCAGUGUCUUCAACAUUUUAUCUCUUCGGAAACCAUCAAAGAAGUGGAUUGUGAAAACUGCACCAAGCUUCAACAAGGGACCUCAGUAAAUGGCGAAGUUCUUGGAAGCCAGAGGACAACAUUUGUUAAACAGCUUAAACUGGGAAAGCUCCCCCAAUGCCUCUGCAUCCAUUUACAAAGACUGACGUGGUCCAACGAAGGCUCCCCCAUCAAGAGACCGGAGCAUGUGCAGUUUACAGAGUAUCUCUCGAUGGGCCGCUACAAACACAACGCUCACACACACAGAAGUCAGCGGAUCAAAUGUGCUCUGAACCCCAAAAAGGCAGAAAGUUCAGAUGAUUCCACGGAAAAGCUCUCUGCUAACGGCACCGGAGCAGAGCAUCCGGACAACAAUAACAAACCUUUUUCCAACGGAACAUUUCCCUCUGUGUUUCUUCAGUCUCCUGGUUUGAACCCACAGCACGGCUUCACAAAUGACUUCAGUUCUACAGAGUACCUUUUCCAGCUCACGGCCGUGCUGGUGCACCACGGCGACAUGCACUCGGGACACUUCGUGACGUACCGCCGCAGCCCCUGCUCAGCCCGCCCCUCCUCACCCUUCAGCUCCCAGUGGCUCUGGGUGUCCGACGACUCGGUUCGAAAGGCCACCCUGCAGGAGGUGCUGUCGUCCAACGCCUACAUGCUCUUCUACGAGAGAGUCCGGAGGCUGGACCUCGCUCCGCGCUCGGAGGAGUAACACCGACUGCUGCCUGUCCAUCAAACUGUCCCCGCUGUGUGUGGCCGUCAGGAGGGUUAUGACUUUGUGACAAUGAGACCAGGGAGGAACGCCAUCCUGGGGGCCACCGUGGUGUUUCUCUUACAUCAUGGAUCACAGCAACAUGUUGGACAUCGUUGAAUGGUGUCUUCUGAAUCAGGGUUAGAAAGGCUGGGGACUAUUAAAAUCUGCACAUCCAUUACAUUUGAAUUCUUUCUUCAUCCAACAUCAUGACAGUUUGAAACUUCAUGUGAAAAAUGAUAAAGCAAACGCUACAAUAAUGAUUUUAUUUCACAAGGUAAAUAUUCAAACUCACCAAAGGGAAAAACUGACAUUAACCUUUUUUUUUUUUCCACAUGAGGGUGAAUGUUCAAACUCUACCAGCCAUUCAAUAGAUUACCAUUUCUACCAGAUCUAGCAGCCACUGACUAACCAUCAACCCCGGUUUGAUAUUAAAUCUACGAGUGGACACUUUGCCUCCUUUAGAGCGGGAUGCUCUCAAUCCCAAAGAUUAUGGACCUGCAGGAUUUUUUGUCAAAUAUCUUUGAUUGUGCAAACUGCAAUACUUUGACAUGUGUUAAAGUUUCUGUCAUGCAGCAUUUUGGCUUCAGUGGCACAAAAAACUGGAACAUUUGACAAUAUAGUGCACUCUAAAGUGACGGCCCUGCUAAUCAUUGUUCAUGUGGAAAGCUUAGACUCUGGCAUUUCUAUGAUGCUUUGUAAUGUUCCUGUUAUUGUGUCCACUGCCGUAGCUAAAGUAAGUAUUCUUGGAGAUAUUAUUUAGAAUUUGUUGCAUAUUAUGAUGUCAAUUAGGUAUAACUUUCCCCAACUGUGGUUCUCAUAAAAAUGAAUCAGCCUAAUCAUUGCUAUCAGUGUAUGUCAAACGAUUGGAAUUAAUGUUUCUAUGGACUUUUUUCACAAGAGGUUGUAUUUGGUAUUUUUCUAUUUAUCCAAGAGUCCUCACAUUGUCAUGAUUUGCAGAGUUGAGGUCAAAGUGCCAUGUUGUCUUUAAUGGUCAAUAUGUUUAUUGUUUAACACCUUAAGCCAUGUGUGCUAAAUAUGAUGUUAACACAAUAUAAUGCAUCAAAGCCAUCUUGCUUGGUGUUGAUGCUAAAAAGUGUAUUAAUCAGGUCUUUGGGCAAGUUAUCCUGAAUAUUAAUAAUGAUGUGAAGCUGCCGAUUUGCUCCUACCAAACCAGUCAAAUGGAGAAAUGGCCUGGUUCAGAACCUCUUGUUAAUGUUUGCAAUUUGCACUGAUGUAUAUUAACGUGAGAGUGUGUGUUUUUGCGUGCAAUCUGUAAAGGUGAUUGUUUUCAGGUAUUAAAAAAAAAAAGAAACAUCAA